AGCGAGAGUCGAGAGAAAACGCGCAGAGCCGGCCCAGCACUAGGACGGGGAGGUUGUGUGUCCCUUUUGUCUUGGCGAGGAGAACACGCUAUCCUGCCAGUACUCUCCCUCCGUGAACCGAGGAACACCACAAUGGAUCAGGCACGCAAGAAGCAGCCCCCCAACCCGAGGGACGACGCGGGGUUCAUCAACAGGAUGGUUUUCUGGUGGAUAAUUCCCUUCCUGAGGCUGGGAAACAGACGGCCGCUCAUAGAGGAUGAUCUCUACACCGUGCAGAGCCAGGAUGCCUCCGUCUCUCUCGGCAACAGGAUACAGAGGGAGUGGGACAAGGAGCUGGAGGAGAGCAAGAUCAAAAAGAGGAAGGCCAGUUAUGUGAAGGCGCUGGCCCGCUGCUUCGGCUGGGACUUUGCAUCCGUCGGUAUCUUGGCAGCCAUAGAGGAGUGUGUUCUGAGGAUAGCCCAGCCGCUCUUGCUAGGCGGACUGGUGCGCUAUUUCGACUCCCGCCACGUACAGUCUCUCAGCAUGGGAAUGGCGUACGCGUCGGGCAUUGUCGCGAUUGCGGUAGUGCACAUCUUCGUGUACCACCCUUUCAACUUCGAGUGUCGCCACAUCACCCUGAACGUGAAAACUGCGUCCUGUGCCCUCCUCUUCAGAAAGGCCCUGCGACUGAGCAAAGCAGCUCUAGGGAAGACCACCACAGGCCAGAUGGUGAACCUGUUGUCAAAUGAUGUCAGCAGGUUUGAUACCAGUGCCAUCUUCCUUCAUUACAUCUGGAUUGGUCCCCUACAAACUUUUAUUGUGCUGGGAAUUCUCUGGAAUGAAAUUGGACCAUCUUGUUUGGCUGGCAUUAUGCUUCUUCUCCUAUUUGUUCCUUUUCAAACAUGGCUGGGGCGGGUGUUUUCUAAGCUGCGGAUGGCCACAGCCCACCGCACGGAUGAAAGAGUGAGGCUCAUGCACGAGAUCAUCAAUGCUAUGAGGGUCAUCAAGAUGUACACAUGGGAGAGACCCUUCACAACCCUGACUGAGGCAGCUAGGAGGUCAGAGCUUGGGGUCAUCAUGGAGACAAACUACUACCGAGCAGUGAACAUGUCGCUCUUCCUAACUUCAUCCAAGGUCAUCAUUUUUGUUUCCCUCCUCACCUUUGUCCUGACUGGCAAUGCACUCACAGCUGAAAAGGUGUUUGUGACUUCAUCACUGAUCAACAAUGUUCGCCUUGUGAUGACACUCUUCUUUCCUUUUGCAAUUGCAAUGGGAUCAGAGACACUAAUAUCUUGCAAGAGAAUACAAGAAUUUCUUGAGAUGGAAGAAAGAGAAGACACAAACCAUGUUGACAAAUCAAACCUUCGACCAAAACCAAAGGACUGUAGCCUUGCUGUGUCUGGGUUGACCGCCAAGUGGAGCAAUGUAACUGAAGAGAACACACUCACGGAUGUAUCCUUUUCAGUCAAGGCCGGGGAGCUGCUGGCUGUAGUAGGGCCAGUUGGCUCUGGAAAGGGGUCCCUCUUGAAUGCCAUCUUGGGGGAGCUGCCAGCGCAGACAGGGAAAAUUAUAGUGAAGGGCAAGAUUGCCUAUGCAUCACAGGAGCCGUGGGUGUUCUCAGGGACAGUACGCCAAAACAUCCUCUUUGGAAGGUCAUAUGAUGAAAAACAAUAUGAAAAAAUUAUCAGAGUGUGUGCCCUGGACCAAGAUUUCAAGGAGCUGCCUGAUGGGGACCUGACAACAGUGGGGGAGCGCGGCAUGUCACUCAGUGGUGGGCAGAAGGCUCGGAUAAAUUUGGCAAGAGCAGUAUAUGCUGAUGCAGAUAUCUACCUCCUUGAUGAUCCUCUAAGUGCAGUGGACAGCCAUGUCAGCCGCCACCUCUUUGAGGACUGCAUCAUGAAGCACCUGAAGCAUAAAGUGAGGAUCCUCGUCACUCACCAGCUGCAGUAUCUCAGUUCAGCCUCAGAGAUUCUUGUACUUAAGGAGGGUCAUAUGCAAGCCCUUGGACCAUACCAUCAGCUGGUGAAUAGUGGCAUAGACUUUGGGACUUUGAUCUCUGAGGGUCAGGAGGAAGUCUCUACCCUGACCCAGGAACCCAGUGGUGGUAAGGCCUGCAAAACAAGCAAAGCUUUCAUGAAUGGAAGAAUACUACGAGAGAGGAAGAGAACGGAAUCUUCAUCUUCUGCUCAUCAAAUGGAAGACAGCUACCUUGGGUCCAGUGUUUCCAUUCAUGACUCUGUUGAGGCUGAUAACAUCCUCACCAUCUCAGGUGCUCAUACCACUGGUUCCUCCUCCACUCUCACAAACAGCAUUACUACUUCAAACUAUGCCAGUCCUCAAAAGCAAAACAGAUCUGAAGGUAAACUGAGGAAUUCCCUGGACAUCGAAACAACAAAGCCACUGAUUGUACACGAAGGAAAUAACAAUAAUGCAAGAGAAAGGUCAGGAAACCCAGAGAUUCGGUCUCAGGGCUCUGUCAAGUUUAGAGUUUAUCUCAAAUAUUUCCUGGCCGGUGGUGGCUGGUGUGUACUUCUUCUGUUGACUCUGGCCAAUAUACUCGCCCAGGCACUCUUCUCUGGCAUAGAUUACUGGCUAGCAUACUGGGCAAAUGGGGAACAGUUAAAAGCUCAGAUUGUGCUGAAUAUUUCCUCCUGGGAAAUAGGAAACUCUACCAACUUCUCCUACAGCGAUAUACCCGAACCCAGUGGUUAUUUGGACACUACAACAAAUAUUUAUAUAUAUUCAGGCAUGACAAUAGGGCUGUUUGUGUUGGCUUUGGGCAGAACGAUACUGUUUUUCAUGGUCUGCAUGAAGUCUUCCCAGACACUACACAACAACAUGUUUGAGGCCAUCAUCAGGGUUCCCAUCAAGUUUUUUGAUACUCAUCCUGUUGGUCAAAUCCUUAACAGAUUUACAAAGGACCUUGGUCAAAUUGACGAGUUGCUGCCAAUCACAAUGUUUGAUGUCAUCACUAUAUUUUGUACCUUUGUGGGGAUUAUAGCAAUAAUAGCUAUGGUAAAUGUAUGGUUGCUGCUACCAACUGUAUUCCUGGGCAUAAUCUUUAUAUACCUACGCCGAUUUUACCUCUGCUCAGCGAGGGAUGUAAAACGCCUGGAAGGAAUUACUCGGAGUCCUGUGUUCACCCACCUGAGCACUUCUCUGCAAGGCCUGACAACCAUCAGAGCAUUUGAGAUGCAGCAAGAAUUUAUGGAUGAAUUUGACAACCAUCAGGACCUUCAUUCCUCGGCUUGGUUCCUGUUCCUCUGCACCACACGAUGGUUUGGUAUCUGUCUUGAUUGGCUGUCUUGUAUCUACAUCUCUGUCGUCACUUACAGCUUUAUGGCACUUCCUGAUUCUCUUGGUGGAGACAUUGGACUGGCUAUCUCGUCAGCUAUGCUCCUGUCAGGUAUGUUCCAAUGGGGGGUGCGGCAGUCGGCUGAGCUGGAGAACCAAAUGACAUCUGUUGAGCGUGUCUUGGAGUACUCAUCUCUGGAACCAGAAGCUCCUUUGGAAACUGAAGAUGGGAAAGCUUCAGAAGGCAAGUGGCCUGACCAGGGGGACGUUGUAUUUAGGAACGUCUCACUGAAGUACAAUGAAGAUGAGUCACCAGUGCUGAAGAAUCUCAAUUUUUGCAUUGAAGGAAAGGAAAAGAUUGGUAUUGUUGGCAGGACAGGAGCUGGAAAGUCCUCCCUGAUCACCUCCCUCUUCAGGCUCACUGAACCAUCAGGGGUUAUCUACAUUGAUAACAUCAACAUCCAGGAGCUUGGUCUUCAUAGGGUCCGAGGCAGCAUAUCUAUUAUACCUCAGGAUCCAACUCUCUUCUCUGGUACUAUGAGGAAAAACUUGGAUCCUUUCCAUCAGUACACAGAUGACCACAUCUGGAAAGCUCUGGAAGAGGUCCAACUCAAGAGUGCAGUGUCAGACAUGGAAGGUGGCCUAGAAACCUUUAUGUCAGAGGGUGGCAACAACUUAAGUGUGGGGCAGCGACAGCUUGUUUGCUUGGCACGAGCUAUACUCAGACACAAUAAAAUUCUUGUCCUAGAUGAAGCAACUGCAAAUGUUGAUCCAAGGACAGAUGAAUUAAUCCAGCAAACAAUCAGAACAAGGUUCAAAGACUGCACGGUGUUCACAAUUGCUCACCGCCUGCACACCAUCAUGGACAGUGAUCGUGUCAUGGUUCUUCAGGCUGGCCAGCUCAUGGAAUUUGAUGUGCCACAUGUUCUACUCAAUAAUGAAAAUUCCAUCUUCUAUUCUCUUGUUCAACAAACGGGAAAAACUGCUGCAAGGCAAUUGCAUCAAAUUGCAGAAAUGGCUCACUUAAGACGGCGAGGGACUGAUGAGGAGUCAUCAAGCAGCAACAAGUGAAACAUUGGGAAAUAUAAUUCAUCUCCUAAUUUGUCAUGGUACAUGUAGUUGAAGGUGAAAGGAUUUUCUAAUUAACCAAGCUACACCAAGUAGCCUUUGGCAUUGUAUCUUUGUAUAUGUCACUAGCAUUGAGGAUUAAUGACUGUGAUAAACUAAGUUAAAGCAAGAAGUAUUCUGCAUGCUUUGUCUUAGUUUAAUAAGACAUCUCAGAAUUUUCACUACUUCCUGUGAUAUCUUUAGCAGGUUGGUUAAAGUGUUCAGCUACAAAAAUUGCUAGAAAUGUAAAAAUAAGGGAUUUUGGAAUAUUUGGGAACAAACAGUAGGCUAGAAUAAUGGCUGAAUACAAGCAGGAUCUCAAAAAAAAAAAGUAAAUAAAUACCUCGCCAAACCAUUCAUAAGCCACAGCUUUGUAUCCAAGACUCUGGCAUGAUGAAAUACUAUUACUCAAUCUCCUUCACAGUAUUAAGAGCAUCAGCACUCCAUGAAUGUGACCAUGGCAUAGGUACCAGGAUACUAAAAACAUGAAUAAUGGGAGUUUUGGUGCAAGAAACCAUAGUUAAAUGUCUUCGUUUGGUUUCCAGAAGAGCCAUAUUGUGAGAAUGGCAUAUAAUUUUAAGUAUAGGGUAAAUUCAUUGAAAUACACAAAAGACAAAUUCUGGUCUUCUAAUUCAAGGCAUCAUCACUUCUUUGCAUUAGUUGGAACACUAAUCUGAGCUCCAUCUAACUUCAUGGCACAACACCGUGCAGUAACAUUACAGGACCAUAUAUGAUAGAACACAUUAGCAAACCAGUACAGCUACAAUAGAGCACCUAAGAAAUGGGCAACCAGUAAGUAAAAAAGGUAAAUGAUUGUAGACUUAUGAAUAAAAGUAGCUGGAGAUAA